CGAAAACAAACGCUCAUUCUCGAAAAAGUGGAUAAAUUUCAAUCUUUGGCAUUAGUGCAUUACGCUUUUGUGUUAUUACUAAUCACUUUGGUUUUUCCGGUUUUGGACGUUUUGGUCAUUGCCAAGAUAGAUAAAUAUGGCUCCCAAGAAAUCGGCUUAUUUCACUUUCUUAAAACGUUAUAGAGAUUAUGAAAUUAGAAAAGGAAGACAACCUUCAAGCUACGAACAAUUAAGUAUUAGCUUAUCACCAGUAUGGAAUAAUAUGACUGAAGGUCAAAAAGACAGAUACAAAGUCCUUGCUAAUAGAUGUAUUUCAAAUACAAAUCAUAAUAUAGAACAGCCGUUGAAUCAUAUUAGUAAUGAAGAAGAAAUUAGACUUGCUGUUUAUGACAUGGAGAAACUUGUAGCUGAAAUGUUUGAAAACAUACCUAACGAUCAGGAAUUAUUAAAUAAAAAGUUUAUUUUAUUACAUAUAAACUGUCAUUCUUUUGAUGAAGAACAAUAUUAUUUUCCUGCUGAAAUAUCAGCAAUAGAAUUUAAUUUAAAAAAUGGGCUUUCUCGCACCUAUCAACAAAUUAUUGGCUUUUCUGAAAAUAAACUUAAAGGUUGUCCUCCAGGUCAUCCUUAUCCAAUGAGAAGAUAUGCUAAGCAAUAUCAUCAAAUUGAUUGUUUGGAUAAACAUCCGGAUGAUUACGAAAAUAUAUUUUUCGAAUUUUUAACAUUUCUUAAGGAUGGAAUAAUCAACAAAACGGACGUAAAAGAAGGCAAGUUAGAUUUACCAUAUUUGUUUACAGUAGAGUCCAAUGUCGACGAGAAUAAUAUAAAGAAAACAAUUAAUAGCUUGGAAAGGUUGUACUCCUCAGCUUUUCCUGAAGUUGAUGCUGAAGUUUGUAAAUCUACAUUCAAAAUAGGAAAUGCUGAGCAAUUAUUAUUAGAAAUAAAAAAAAAAAUGAAUCUACCUUCAGAUGAUGAUCAUCAUUUGGUUAGGGUUUUAGAAUAUGAAUAUUAUGUACAAGCAUUCUGUUGUAAGUACCAUGAAUCAAUACGUACUACUAAUUUCAAAUGUUCCAAAGCACGCAUUAUUCAGUGGAUGACAAAUAUUUGUAAUCACAUAAAUACAUUUAUUGAUUUAAACCUUGUACCUGGCAGACAUAUGGCAGCUCGAUUAAAUGAUCAUUCAAUUUUGAUAAUUGAAAAUGCUCAUUUGCCUCUCACAGCAGCAGAUUUAAAUUUAAACAAAAAUGCUUCCUAUUAUGAUAUAUUGCCCAACUCUAGAAUAUCACCACAAUCAUAAGUAAUAUAAUAAAUUAAUUUCAUUAGUACAGAUAAUAUUAAGUUUUAAAAUUAUUUAAUUUAAAAUAAAAAUUAUGUUAUUUUUCCAAUUCUUAGAAAAAUACAUGAGUCUUGUUGUCAUUUAUAAUUUAUAUAAUCUUCCAUUUUAUAAUAUAGCAUAUACAGGAUGAUUAUUUAAAAAAA